GGUGCUCUGUGAACUGGGGCUUCCUCCUCCUUCUCCUUCAGUGAGCGAAUGAAAACGGACAAGGACUCGAAGGAGCAGAGCAUCCUUCACUGUCAGAUCCUUCUCAAUCGAAAGCCUUAGCAAGGUGCACAAAGCCGGCUCAAGUGCAUUGCAAAUGCUCCCGCUUUGAAGUUUUGAGUUGUUCAGGGUGAAUUUCAUGCCUGGGAGGCUUCUUUGAGCUACACCUGGAUGUUUGAUCAAAGAUACCCAAUCUAGCUACAUACGGGCAGUACCACCAUUAAACGGGCAGUACAACCAGCUUGUAAGCGUACCGUAUCUGAAACUCAAUAUGCUCACAUGUAUGCUGCUUCUCGCAGCUCAGGAAAGUAGGAAGAUAUUUUGAGUCCCAAGAAGCUGACCAUGGUCCAAGUUUACGGAGAGGCCUUGCAGCGGCGCCACUAUGCGAGUCGAUGGUCUGCAGCGUUCUGCUUCAGGCUGGCCAGCCAUGUGGCCAUCCUGGUGCUGACGUUCAUCUUUGUGCAUUCCUCACAAGGUUUCUGGCUGAAGGAGUCCACUUUCACUGCGCAACCUGCCGUUCGUUUCACCCAUGACGCCCUUCUACUGCUUGAGGGAAAGGGUCCCGGUCAAGAAAUUUUUUGGAGCACGUUCCCCACGCUAAACAGCGCUCUAGCGAACAAGCUGGCCGCGGUCGAAGUGCGCGCGACCGAGACCGACUCGGACCACGACGGGAAUGCAGACGUGAUCGACGUCAGCGCGCGUGUCAGCGGCGCGGGGCCGGUGCACAGCGUCAAGCUGCUGCUGCAGUUCCGGUACCAGAUACAGGGGCGGAUACGCAUGCAGAUGCAGAGCCUAGCCUACAUCCACCAUGCGUCGCCCCUCCCUGGCUCAGAGUUACACGUCGACGGCGAACUGCGGCUGCGCCAGAGGCGGCCGCUUAGCUUCGACAACAACCGGGUGCUGUACGACGUCCCGGCGUUAGCUCCCGGGGGGCCGUCAGGGCAGAGCUUGGACAGCCGAAGCGUGCAAAUGCAGUCCAUACUGCGCGACUAUCUAGAUCGCAAUGAGACAACGGAAUUCGUCAGCUCGUAUGCCGUCUGGCAGGCCGGGUAUGGGACCGACUUCACGAUCUUCGAACGGAUACGGAUACCGCCGUUUGAGUCGGUGGCUUAUAUCCCGGGCUUAAUGGAGGUCCUCAAGUAUGCCUGGAUCCAGUUCCUGGCGGUCUGGAUCCUAUUGUUGUAUCUCCUGUCAUGGGUAGAGUACGUCACAUUCCGCUAUAGAGUCCUUGAAACACGGGUUGUUUCAGAUCUUCAAACUCAGAAGCAGCACCGGUUUUGAUGGGAAAACUGCGUCCAUAGCCUGCCU